CGUGCCCGGGGUCGGGGUCGGCCCCGCGGGAGACCCGAUGCUGAUCGUCCCCAGUGCCGCGGUGGGGUCAUGGCGGACGUGCGCGCCAUGCUCGAGGCGCUGGAGCAGCGGCUGCAGCGGACCGAGGCGGUGCUGAGCGACGGGCCCCCCUGGGGGCUGCUGCAGCCCAUCGUUCCAGUGACGUUCGAGGACAUCAUGGUGCACUUCAGCAGGGCGGAAUGGGCAAGCCUGGAUGAUGGGCAGAGGGAGCUGUACCGGACUGUGAUGGAGGACAACUACGAGAUGCUGGUGUCCCUGUACUGUACCGUGUCCAAGCCCGAGUUCUUACUUCAGAUCGAAAGGGAAGAGGAGCUCCACAUGCUGGCGACGGCGGGAGGCCUGGAAGGAACUGACAUGUCCCUGGAGCAAGCUGCAGACAGCCUGAGCUGCACAAGUGAUGGUGCUGUGCUGGAGAUAAAAACAGAGUCUUGUGAGGGGACCUAUGGGAACCCAGAAGAAAGCAGUACUCCUGUGGUCUCAGGCAAGUGCAGCACACUGCACGUCCCUCAUGAAGCUGCUGCUGUCCCAACAGCCCUCGGCCAGCCAGUGCUGUCCCCUUCCUGCCCUCUCUCCAUGUGCUGCCUGGAAGUAGGGAAUCCGAAUGAGUCUCUGUCGCCUCCCCCUGCAGCAGGUACAGGGGCAGAGUCCUUCAUCCCUCAUGCUGAGAUGGAGAUCCCAACGGAGGUACCACAGGAGGAUGUCACUGUGGAGGAGCUGGCAGUGCCUGAAACACCCUCGAUAGGUCUGGAGGAGGAGAAAGUGAAGGAUGUGGAGUGCAGUGGCCAAAACUUGGAGGCAGAGCUUCCUGCAGACCCCGGGAAGGGGGCAAUGCCAGAUGACUGUGGAGCAGUGGCCCAGGCAGAUUCCAGCUGCACAGCCACCACUGUGGGAGAGCCCGUGGAGGGCUCCUGUGUAGGCCAGCGGAAUUCCACCCGGGAGAAAACCUACUCCUGCUCUGUGUGCAGGAAGAAUUUCCUGCUUGAGAUCAACCUCAUCAUCCACCAGUGCAGCCACAGCAACUGGGUGCCCUACAUCUGUGUCCACUGCGGCCGCAGCUUCAUGUCCAAGAGGAAAAUCCGCCAUCACAUGCGGGCCCGGCAGGUGCUGGGGCUGUGCCAGCCCUCGGAGGUGGAAUACUCUGUGUCCCAGCACCGGGGCUGCAGCACUGCCAGGAGGAAGCCGAGCAGCAGCGAAUUCCCACUGCCACCAGGGAACGUGAUGUAUACAUGCAAGGAGUGCAUGGAGAACUUCUCCAGCGAGAGCUUCCUGAUCGUGCACCAGUGGCAACACGGCCAGGAGCACCUCAUCCUCUGCCCCUGCUGCAACCGGAGCUUCAGCUGGGCCUCAGACUUUGUCCGCUGCCACCAGCCCCACAUAGGCGAGCGGCCCUACCAGUGUGGUGUCUGCCAGAAGGCUUUCAAGCGCUACCAGCACCUGGCCAUGCACCAGCGGGUCCACGAGCAGCAGAACAGGCCCUACCCCUGCGCAGAGCCGCUGCCUAUGGGGGGCCCGUCCCAGUGUGGGCAGGGCGAGGGGCGGUGCUGCGAGCGGGCCACUAGGGGGCGCUGUGGCGCGGCGUUGGCUGCAGUGCGUGCGGCCAUGUCCCGUUGGGGCCCCGCUCAGCAGGAGCCCGAGUGGGGGCCAGAGGCCUGGCAGCAGCUCCCGAGCGCCGGCCCCGAGGGGGCGAAGCCGUCGGCGGUGCCCGAGGUGUCGCUGUGGACGGUGGUGGCGGCGGUGCAGGCGGUGGAGCGGAAGGUGGAGUCGCAGGCGCUGAGGCUGCUGAGCCUGGAAGGCAGAGCAGAGACAGCCGAGCAGAAGGUGACCGGGCUGGAGAAGGCGGUGCUGGACUUCGGCAGCCGGCUGGAGCGCCGCUGGGCCGCCCUGGCCACCCUGCUGCAGGAGAGCUCCCGGCGCCUCGACCACGUCGAGCGCCAGCUCCAGCACCGCGGUGGGCCCGGAGCCGGUACGGUCCUUGCAGGGGACGAGCCCAAGAUGCCAACGGCAUGCGAGGAUGAGGUGGCAGGUUUGCCAGAGCAGGAAUGGGGGAGCAUGGACAGCCAGCAGAAGGAGAUCUCCAGGAUGGCGAUGAAGGGGAAUUACGAUGAGGCUGGAGUCUUCCUUGGGCCUGCAGAUGACAGCUCCAAACCCACUCUGCUGCUGCCAGCUGAGGAUAGGGAGGAUCCAGGUGCGAGGACCCAGGGGCUGCCGGAUGAGGGAUCAAUGCUGGGGCACCUCGGCUGCAGUGAGAACAUCGUGAUCAAGACAGAAGAGCAGCAGCCCCAGGAGGAAGGACCACAAGUCCUGGCUCUGCCAGAGGCACCCUCACUGAGGCUGGAAGAGGAGGUUCCCCUGAGCCAGGAGCAGCCGGUGCCCUGGGAGCACCAUGCUGCCAUGGAUGGGCAGAAGGCAGAAGGAUCAGGCUUAGGGGACUUCUGCACACACGAAACCACCACCCAGCUUGAAUUUAAGCCUGUGGUGGUGCCGGUAGAAGCUCACCCUGCCCCAGGCUUGCCCUUCCCAACAGAGCAUGUGCUUGGUGUGGGGAAUGAGCAGCCAUUUGCCCUGUCCCAGGGCAUGCCGCUGGGAGCAGAAAGCAGCGCAGAGGUGGCUUCAUCGCAGCUCAGCUCGGAAGAGCAUCGUCCUUGCGCCGAGGGGGAAGAGCCCUGCGCGCUUCCGCUGGGCUGGAAGAGCGCCCGGCUGAAGCGCAACCUCCUGGCACGGCAGCAGAGCAAGGCGAGGAAGAGCAAUGGCUCCUUCAUCUGCACAGCCUGUGGGAAGAGCCUGGCCCAUCACGCUGCACUGCUGAGGCAUCAGCGCCUGCACACGGGUGAGCGCCCCUUCCAGUGCCCAGCCUGUGGGAAGAGCUUCAACGAGAAGUCCAACCUCAACAAGCACUACCGCAUCCACACUGGGGAGCGCCCCUACCGCUGCCCUGCCUGCGGCAAGGGCUUCAUCCAGAAGCACCACCUCCAGAAGCACCAGCGCAUCCAUGGGGUGCAGCUGCGGGGUGGCUGGGCAGGCCGGGCCCCACGGGCCAGCGCUGCCGGGGAGCGGCUCUACCGCUGCAUCGAGUGUGCCGAGAGCUUCCCCCAGAAAGUCUCACUGGAGGAGCACCAGCGCCGGCACACGCAGCAGCGGCCCUUCCAGUGCAGCGGCUGCACCAAGAGUUUCCGGCACCGGCAGUCUCUGAACCACCACCAGAAGAUCCAUGCCGUGGCCAGCUCUCCUGCCGUCAGCUUGCCAAGCCACAACAAGGAGCUGGAGACCAGCCCCUGUGCCACUUUGACCCAGGAUAAUCGGUAGCGUGAGGGGUGCACAAGGGAAGGGGCAGCGUUUUGUUUCUCCGGGCUGCUCCGCAGAGGUGCGGCAGCCUCCGGCAAUGGAACCCACGAGGUGGCUGGUGUCACACCACUGUCGGGCUGUCCGCAACACUGUGGGGCUGGUGGUACCACCAGGGGGCUCUGCACUGCGUGGGACUCCAGGAGGAGGAGGAAGGAGGAAGGCUGAAGUGCUCUGCAGGCAGCAAAACAUGCAGGGGAUAAAGAGACUGGCCUGAAGCAGUGGAGGAGGUUCUGGGAUCCGGAGCUGAGCUGGGUUGUGCCGCUGCCCUGUGAUGAGGGAUCUCUCUGAGAAGGAGCCAUGUUGGGCACUGCGAGGUGGUUGAACUCAGCUAUUGAACACCACCAGCGUGGCGGGGGUGCAGGGUGGAGGCUGGUCAGCAGCUGGGGAGGAGACACGGAUAAAAGACUGGGCUGAUGUGGUGGUCUCCUGGUGCACUCUGGGCUGCUGGGGCAGGGAGAGGGCACCUGUGGGUACAUGGCCCAUGAGUUGUAACUCACACCUUGACCAUGGUUGCAGUCGGGUGUACGGCUCCUGCUCUGCCACCCUGCCACUUCCAAUUGCUUGCUCUGGUGGGGGGAAGACCCUGGCUGUCACCCUGGUGUCAGGCACCCUGAGGAUGGUUCUCUGCAAUUCAUACAAACCAGUAGCCCAAGUGCAACUGUGCCCUGGGCUCCACGUCAGGACCUGGGCAGCUGCUUCCUUCUUAGACAGGAAGGGAGGAAUCUGAAGCUGCCCCAUGUUAAUGCAGAGCUGCCUGAUGGGAAUGUGGAGUUGCCAGUCACAGCCUGUUCUGGGGAUAUGGGCCCCAUGGCAAUUCCUGGAGUACUGAGGGAUACCUCUGUCCUGCCUGCAGCCCUGCCUGUGGCAGUCAGGGCCACUCCAUUGCCUGUCCUUUCCCAGUCCCUUUGGGUACUCAAUCUCCCACAUUCCAAAGGCUCAACCUUCCUGGUCAGAGUCCUGAGGCAGUGCUUGUGUCCCCUUGCUUUGGCCCCCACACAGCAUGGCACCUACAUCCACUGAGGGCAUCCCCAUGGCUUUGGUGGCCAUUUCAAGUACUAGCAGAGCCCUGGAGCUUGGGGGGAGGGCCUGGGCUGCCAGGGGGCAGGAUCCUGCCCCUCUGCUGGGCCCUGGGGCACAAACCAGGUUGCUGGGUCCAGCACAAGGGACGGGGGUAAACCGAGGAGUGUCCAGCAAGGACUGGGACAGUGGCAAAGGACCAGUGUCCCCUGCAGUGGUGGCUCACGGGCUCCUCAGUGUGAUGAGAAGGGAGCAGAGGCUGUGAUCCUUUAUGAUCCUGCUGCCCUAGGCACAGCCCUGCUUUCUGGGCUCUCCCAGCCCCACUGCACAGCUGCAGUGGCAGAUGACAGCCCUGUGCCUUCCCCAUACAUUCACCCUUGGGACAUUGCCUGGGAUCUUGGCCAGCCACCAUACACAAAAGCGGGUGAU